GAGAGGAUAGGAAAAAAGGACGAACAGUCAUGGCGGAACCCAAAGAACCACUGAAGAAGACUUUUAUAUGCUACUAUGCUCAAGACCAUCCAGGAUUUCGGUUACCUGAGUUGCAUUCAGUGUGUUCAUGUACAAACACUAAUGUCGAAUUUGGCUCAAAUACACAAGUUUAUCAUAAUGAGAAACCUUACCUUGAAAUCAAAGCAUUUGAUGAAUCAAUACAAGCAAUAGCUGGAAGAUCAAUAUUGAUAAGGUAUUGCAUAGAGCUUUGGGCACAUGGGUGCUGCUUGGAAGAAAUAUUGAAUGAGAAAAAUACAUUGGCAUCAUGGACAAAGCAACAUUUCACCAAUGAAAGUAUAACAUUCAAAAUUGAUGUUGAAGCAUUUGGAAAGAAGUUGAGCAUAGACAAAAAGAGAGAGUGGAUUGAUUCACUUGGAGAUAUUUUGGAUAUUCCUGGAAAAGUGAAGCUGAACGAUCCAUCGCAUACACUUUGUUUACUGUUAGAUUUCCAUUCCAGUAAUGCAGAGAGUGAAGGUUGCAAGUAUAUAUACUUUGGCAGGCUGGUCGCAAGAGGCCAGCGAGAACUGCUUCAUAAAUUCUCUUUGAAAACGAGGUACUUCAUUGGUAAUACUUCGAUGGACCCGCAGCUUUCUUUCUUAAUGGCCAAUCAAGGCAAGGUACAGCGAGGCUCGUUUGUUUUUGAUCCAUUCGUUGGCACUGGAAGCAUACUUUCAUGCUGUGCGCAGUUCGGUGCCUGCACUGCUGGCAGCGACAUUGAUAAAGCAAUCAUUUAUGGUCGAGGGAAGUCUUCGAGAGCUGGUCAAAAUUCAUGGAGAGCACGUGAUGAAAUCAUUCGAACAAAUUACAAGCAAUAUUCGUUAGUAGACAAAUACGUUGACGUCAUGGCUGCGGAUAUUACCAAUUUUCCAAUGCGGACAUGCGAAUUCUUCGAUGCUGUUAUAACUGAUCCACCAUAUGGCAUCAGGGAAGGUGGAAGAAAGCUUAAUUCGAAUGAUGGUUGCAUCGACGAUGAGAGUAAAGAUGAUGUAAAGAGCUGUGUGUUUCCGUCAAGUUCACUGCAUCAGCUGUCAGAUAUAAUACUGGAUCUCAUUCAUUUCGCUGCAAUAUAUUUACGAGCAGGAGGAAGACUUGUCUACUGGCUGCCUGUUUUUGCACCCAGUUACGACGCCAAGCUUGUUCCCAGCCAUCCUUGUUUCACAGUCAUUUCAAAUACAGAACAGAAGCUGACAAGCGUGAUAUCAAGACGUUUGAUAACCAUGGAAAAGACCUCUUCAUUAAAGAUUACAGACUUAAAGCCGUUAAAGGAAGGGAACGAAGAAUGGAAACGUGCACAUAAUCAGUUUCGAGAUAAUUACUUUAAAGGUAAAUCUGAGAAGCAUAGCUGAUACGUGAAUACUUUUCACGGCCAGCUGUGGUAGGUCAUGCUAUGUUCUGUACACGUCAUAGAGUGCAGAAAUAUCAAUCUGAGGACAUUGGCCGCGCAUUCAAAGGCUACAGUGUAUCUAUAAUUGGGAAUUUGGUGACAAAUAAGGGAAUUUAUAGUUUGUAGUAGACCAAGAUUAAUCAUUCCCAGGUUGAAUUGGAACUUGGCCAUCGAGUAUUUUGCAUCAUUUCUUCUUAAAAACACCUCGAGUUAUAUUCCAAACCAAAAAACCCUUUUUCAAGUGAAAGGCUUACACGUAGAUUUUGUUUCUCUCCUGUAUCCUUUGUAUGCCUUUAAUGCUCUAUGACUUUAUAUGUCUUUAAGAUUUUGCUUUCUGAACGGUGCAGUUUCUAGAGAUUUUGUUUGAUAUAGCUAGUAGAGCUUAGAAAAAAUAUGUUGUUGUGGUUCCAAAUCUAGGAAGACUAUUUGCGAAAAAGAUUUGAUUGGCUUUUAGUGAGGUCCCCUUCUUGGGAAUCCUCAAGAAAAUCAACCAAUCACUUUACUAGAAUCUACCGUCAAAGGCCAAUUCCGGGAACAGGAUGCAGGAAUUAGUAUAUUUCAAAUAGCCAAAAGCAAAGAAAGAACGUAUCUGGAAUAAGCUCGUUUGAUCUAAGCAUCUCUGUGGGUCUAUGCGAGUAAUAAAAUGUAGCAAGGUUUCACUUUUUUAGCAACCUUAGAAAGGUUGUUGAUAUCCCACUUGCUCCACACGAAUGUUAUUUGCGAAAAAUGGAACUUAAUUAGCAAUGAAAAUAUUUCAAUUUUGUUAUUGUUCCUCAAACUAUACGUAUAAUUUUACUAUUUAUGGUUACGCAAAAUUUUCGCAUUUUUGGCCAUCUUUAUUCCCUUAAUUGUUGGUAAGGACAAUGUGUUACAGAAGGUGUGAAAUUGACCGACAGACAAAAGCAAUUGUUUGGAUUAGCUAACGGAGAGUCUGCUCACAAGAACUGCCAAUAUUUGAACGUUUUUCGUUUGAAACAACGUGCCUAUUUACUCUUCUUAUUUCGGAACAUAUGCAGCAUAUUUCAGUAAAAUUGUGCUUUUAUUAUGACCUUGCUAAGCAACUGACUAUUUGCGAUCGAUCCUGACUUUUAUCACCUCAAAAAAGAUUUCUUGGUUUUUAUUUAUGACUUUGUUUGCAACCGUUGAAAGCAAUCUUAUCCCUAGUUGCUGCCAUCGAGCUUUGAAAACAAUACACCCAAACCUUUAUUUCUGCAAAGAUAUCACUGGAUUUUUCUAAUUAACGCCCUUAUUCAAGCAGAAAGCUUAAAUGAAUAGAUGCCGCACCAGAGGGGCGUUUAUUGUUGGAAAUACAGCAGGUGCUUUAUGAUGAAUCAAUUUAAUCAAAAUGAAACGCACAGUAUGAUUCUAACUAACCCAGUCAUCACCCAAAUGCCAUAAUGCAUUGCAGCCUAGAUGUAAUUCCAAUCCUAGGCUGAUGUUGCUAUUAACUUUUAGGGUUGUUUUUAAAUUCAGAUUUUCAACUCAAAAAGCCUUUAGCUUGACAUUGAAAGAAAGUUGUACUACUUCAUGUUAUUUUCAAGCACUAAUAUAGUAUAUAUCAUAGCUGCCAAGAAAGAUUAUCUCUUGUAGCUUUUGCUAUCAAUUCUAGCUGCGGAUAAAGUAGAGACACCAGACACUUUCCUUCAAUAGCCUGUACUUAUGAGUUAUGACAUACAACCAAAAAUUGGGAUUCGUUUCGUCUUGGAUGCUUUUUGCUAACUCCCACGUUGCGCUCGGGAACAACAUUAUCAAGAACUUUUUAUGUUUACAUUUGUUUACAUUCAUUUGUCUCCACUCCAAAAUUUAGUGGCAAUAUCUAUAGUUUUUCUUCUUUGCUUUUAAAAAUAUUUCAUUCCUCAAACGUGAACCAAUUGAUAAACAAUGUUGCUGUGUUUUAUCUAUAUUUUGCCAAGCAUGUUCUGUUCAAAGUAAUUCUUUUAGCAGUUAAUCAGCAAACUGUAUUUUGCCAGCUCUGUUUGUGCUUUUGAUUCAUGUUUGUUCACAUCUUUCAGUGAUUUUACACCGCUCAUUAUCCCUAUAAUUCUUCCGGCAAAUUUGAUCUCGAAUGUUAUUGCUGGCUUUUUACCUCGCUCUUGAUAAUUUUUUCAAAUCACUCAUCUGAAGACAAAAGGUAUUUGCUAUUGGUAUUUCAAUUCCAUAUCUUUUCGAUCAAAUGUAAUAGUUUUUAAUAUCCUGUAAUACGAGAUUUUUCACCCUUGCAAAUUGCAAAUUCAAAUACGCAAAUUUUUACAGUAAAUAUUUUAUCAGCUUGUGGUUUGUUUCCUUCCUCGGAUUAGACCUUGCUAAAUAUUUCUCUUUGAUUCUUUUUUAACGAAAAUGUUGUAUUUAUCCUUACUGCCUGGUUUUGUAAUAGAAAACCAAUGCCUGGCGGAAACCGUGACAGGCCACGUCAAGUAUUUCUUUACUAAACUCGGAGGUUGUUGUUUUACUUUCGAUUCAUGGUUCAAAAUAACUGAAACGACCCUUUCGUCUAGGUCAGUUGCAAAAUGAAUUGAUUUCGUCUCACUUGUUGAGCAUCACUGUCAGAAUUCUCAGCCGCUCUUUCCAGAGACUUAAGAAAUGAGGGUGGAUGGGGGCGGGGCUCAAGGGCAUUGACUCCCUCCCCCCCUAAGUUUUGGAAAUGCCUUUGCUAAAAAGAGUACGUGUCCCUUUUAAGAAUGAUUUUUCUCCCACUGUUACCCAACCUUCUUUUUGCCUAAACGUAUUAAGUGACUGAUGACCAUGAUAAGUACCCUUUUAACGGUCGUGCCUUUUCAAGUUACAAAUGCUUCCUACGUUCCUGGCUCCUGUUUCAACUGACCAUAGUCUAAUGAAUGUUCUUUUAGACCUUUGCUUUGAAAUCUAUCCUAGUUGUAGGAAUUCAAAGAUAGCUGGGGUGAUUAACAUUCUAAGAAUAAAAUUACCCUUCUAGCUAUGAUUCAGCCAAACUUUCAUGAUUUUGAAAAGGAGGAAGUUUGUUUUUCUCCGGCCCCAAAGCCAGCCGUAUAAUAUCGCUUCAAGUGAUAUCACUUUUUUACCGUUAAAAAGUGCUUUACAGUGAAACACUUUGUUUUAUGAAUUGUGUAAAAUUCAUCAUUCUCACAAAUAUGUAGCUACGGUGUAUUCAACGUCUUAUCUUGCUACGUCAUUCAUACGUCAGCAUUGCGUCAUUGCUCAUUAUUUCAGUCCCCACUUUUAAUAGAACUCGUUUUCAAUGAAUGAACAAACCUAAAAGAGGCCAAAAAGGGGUAUCGACGUUAUGAGUUCCAUUCUAUGUAUCAGACAACAUUUGGUUUUUUGGCAAUUUGAGAUGCUUUUUAGUUGUCUUGAACAAUUCUUCAAAGUUUAUACAACAGUUAAUUCUUAAAAAUUUUUGAGAGUUUCAAGAUAAAAAUGAUUCCUUGACUCUAAAUCUGUUUUUCAGGAUCUACCACCCUUGCAAGUAGUCUGAAAAUACUUGAGAGAUCAUCUCAUUGUCAGUCAUAACUAAGGCGGAUAAUUUUUCGGUCAUAUCCAGUUCAAUGUGUUGUCUUGAAUGGUUUUAUUUCUAGCCUGGCAUAAUUCAUAUUAUUGUAUCAUGGAUAACUAUUUAAGGAGGGAAAUUAAAAUGGACGUCGCUUUAUCUUGAUGAUUUUGAAAAACAACAACAAAAUUUAUUCUUGUUGGAAAAUUUAUUGUCUGUUAGCAUGUAAUAUUGUCCAACUGCGAUUGAAUUAACUGAAGAUGUAUUGAGAAAUUCGUUUUCUCGUCCCUUCAUAUGCGACACCCAGCUCUUGUAUCUUAGCUGCCAACCCACAACAUUGAAUCCAUGACAAACAACUGCAUUUAGUCCAGGUGAACCAAACCCGAUUUUUUCGAACAAAACAUCUGUUUUAUUGAUUCCACUAGACGUCGCUAUUGUCUGGCAUGAUUUUAUCUUUGGAAGAGCUCGAGUAAUCGAAUUCAUUUGAUUAGUUUCGAGUACAAUCAACUUGGACAACUUAUAAUUUAGGAUCAAGAUGCGUCAAUAGUCUAUGCGAUUACUUGACAACUGCACAUUAACUGGGUAUUCUGAAGCCAUUGUAUGAAUACUUAUAAUUCUUGGCAGGUGGUAUUGAGAUUUGAACAACCCCUCCCCCUAAAAGGAUUUUUGAUUUGUUAAAUUCGUUCCUAUUUUGAACACCAAGACAAUUGGUAGAUAGGGGUGUACAUGCAAGUUACUCUACAGUUCUUGGGUUUCAAGUCUCAGUCUCAACAGCGUAGGGCAGAUUGUAAAGCUAAUUUUCGAGUCUAUUAGCCCCUUAGUUUUAUCUAUGACCAUGACAACAAACCAAAACUCAGAUUUUGGGAUAGUUGGAGGGUCAUGGCAGCCAACCUUCUGAUAGAAGAUGGUACCUGAUGAUUAUGAUUAUGAUUAGAUAAUAAGAGCUCUUUGACGUUUUUAGCUGGCUUUGCAAGCUUCGUAUGCUCUAAAACAAACGAUAGCAAAGACCAAUUUCUGCAGACAGCAAAUACUGCUGAUCACUUACAGUUUUGCUAACUUCCAUCAAAGAGAACAACCAAAAAGGCGAUUCAUUCUACUACAGAAUAUGAAUAAAGGCAGACUUACAAAGGAAAUUGACCAUACGAACCCUGUAUUUUCUACUUCGCUAAUCAAUUAUAAACAGUUAUGGGUCGAAACAGGCCAAUCAUUAACAUAAGGGCAGAAUUCCUCCCCCCCCCCCCAUCUAGGCAAGGGUCCCUGAUUGGACACCCUUAACAGUUCUGUGCUCGCGUUUCUGACUGGCCUUUUUCGAUCUAUAACUGGGUUUAUAUACUUGGCUGAAUUGUCAAUACAUAAACAAUGAGAUCCCAACAUGUUGAGCCCCUCUAUAUACAGAAAAAACUUCCCGAACUAAGCAUCUGAUCCAUUCUAUACAACUUAACAAAUUGCUCUACCCUUUAAAAACUUGGGGAUGUUAUGGUAUGUUGAUAUGAUGCUUUUCAAAGUUGCUUGCAUCACGGCUGGUCACCAAAAUAUAAACUUUUAAGGCUUUCGACGUCGAAUUUUAGCUACGGAGUACAAUAAACUGCCUUAAUAGGAUUUGAUUAUACUUUUGCUUGCUUUGACCAUUUUGCUGUGUGUAUCGAAAUGUUCUCUUUUCGUGAAAAUGAUACUAGACAGACUUAAAAGGGGCAUGAAUUUUUCAAAUGAGGAGGGAAGGCCAACUGCCAAUCUUUAGCUAGACGGUCGUGGGUCGCUUAUUAGGUUUAGAUUUCUGCCCAAAUCAACUGAUCAAGCUCUAAAUUUUCAAGCAAGUAUAAGACUAUUGGACAAAAUUAUUUGAAAAAUGGCAGACUAUUGCUGCAAGCCGUUGCUAAUAGGCUUGGUUAUAAUUCAACUUAAUUCUUAGAAUUUCAUUUUACAGCCAUUCUAAAAAAUUGCUUAAUGACUAGCUUUCCAUUUCAUUCACUUGCAGUCUUUCUUUGUUUAUAUCUCCCAUUGAUAUAUCAGUUGCUGUUGCGUCUUCCUUCGGCGAUGAUAUUCUGUUCUUUUCCGUAUAAGCAAUGUAUAGUUGCGGCAGUAGAAGACAGCUCAUGUAUGUGAAUGCACAUACGUCGAUUUUAAAGGCCAUAACGAUCGUCCUGUAAAUUCCUAUUACGUAUUUGUACGUUGGAAAGAAGGCAACUGAAACUAUGCAGUGUGCUAUUGCUACAAAGUUCAGAAAUUUUGCCUGACUAUACGCGUGCUUCUUUCCCCUCUCACGGACUGCGAUGAUCGUUGCAACCAAAAGCAGCACGUGCGGAUAAACGAGUAGUGUUACAGCCUGCAUUGUCGUGUAAUCAAAUGUGCAGUCUAUAGACACAAUGUGUUCGCUUUUGCGCUUGUUCUCCACCAUCUUGACCGGGUCCAUUACGCAGCAGACUAUAGUUAGCGCAAGCUGUAUUAUUGCUAAUGCCACCAUUGAUGCCAAAUGAGCACGCUGCAAGGAGAUUCCAACUGUAAGUACUAUAUGCUUUUGAAUCAACGUAACAAAAAGUUGCGUCCUCGCAAGUAUUAGAAUUGCGAAGCCGGUCUUAAGCAAGUACAUUCCGCCCACCGCAAUAUUGCAGUAGUUAUCUGAACGUUUUAGUAAUAAAAGAAUUCCGUAUGUGAAUGAGAACAACAGUUGUAACAUUGAGAAAAACUCAACGUGCGCCAUCCGCGUGCCCCGCGUGAGAAGAUUCGUAUUUUUCAGAAUGCGGUAACCGGCAAUGACUAAUAAGCACAAGAGCAUUCCAAUUAUAUUGACAACGGUUAUAGAUAUUCCAGCGACAUCGGUCAGCUUCAAGUAUGUGAAAAUGUACUUCACGCAUUCAGUACGCGCGGUAUUAGAAAUGUAAUCUUCCGGACACUGGGUGCAAUUCUCCGCGUUUUUCUCCGUGCUUAUCGAAUUUUUAAAGCAAAACUCACAACUCCAGCAACACUCUGUUCUUGCUGAUAUAAAGUAACCUUCUGGACAGUCAUUGCUGCAUGUCGAUAACGGCGUCGUGUUUCCUGCCCAUAACGGCCAGACAAUACGGCCUAAAUCUAAAUUGAGUUUCUUCAAGGGAUCCCAUUGCCCCACCUUUACCAUGCGAAGUUCAUUUCCAACCUUUUGUAUAUUACUGAUAUCAUAAUAAGGCGAUUUUGGAUCUCCGCUUGCAUCAAAAUUAAAGGUAUCACCGUUUAUGUUAGUGAAGUUCACUUUGAAUAGGUAUUCAGUUAGCCAUCUUGGGUCAAGAGACCAACCGGCCGGACAUCUCACUCUACCUUUUGCAUCGCUGCAUUUGUCUGUAAGCAGUAGUUUCAAUGCAGUCGUUAUUGACUUGAAAGCAUCGAUUGUGUUUCCAAAAAGGCUCGUUUCUAGCUGCGUCAUUUUGUCAGCCAUGCUUUGGCUUGUUUCAUUGGGACAGUAAACCGAUGACUUUUCAAAUUUGCAACCAAAUCGUUGCUGCAUGAACAUUUUUAAAAAUAUAUUACAAUGAGAGUUAUUCUCGAUUUCUUUGGCGAUAAAUCCCCGAAGUCCUUCAACUUGGAUACUUUUUGGUGCUACUUUCAAUAUACCAAUUAGAGACUUUUCGGUCACAUUCAUCGGUCCAUUUCCAAUCAUCUGAAACGCGUCACUCAUCAUCCAGAUUCUCUCAACGUUGUUUCUCUCAGCCUUUGAUAAUAUCAAUUCAAUCUGUGCAUUGUAACCAAAGAAUACCACUACCUUUGCGUUAUCGUGUUUUGAAAUUUCUUGCACUAUCUCAACGGCCUUUGCUUCCAUAUUAUCUGUCAUAAACGGUAUAUACUCAUCAGCAACGAUGCAGAAGUCAAACUCUUCUCUGUAUCCUUUCAAUAUACUAAUCCCCAACUUGCCAUAAUUGUCAUCACUGCCAAUGGCAUAGAUGUAGUUCCAUCCAAACCGUUUAAGCAGCUCUGCAAUUACUUUGGCUUGGACGACAUCGGAGGGAAUUAUCCUAAAGAACGACUUAUAAAGGUCCUUUUUACUCAACAGCCUGCUUGAUGCUGAAGGGCUCACGAUCGGCACUUUGAACAGCCCUAACAAACUUGAGAAUGGAAUGGACGUGAAUGACUGGUAUGGUCCUACCACGGCAGUAACAGCCUUCACUUCAGCAGACUCAUCCGAACAUGUUCUUGAUUUGCAAACAGAUUCGUUUCUAAACUGAGAGACAAUCUCAAUGGCACUUGACAUUACAGUUGGUACGCUGUUACAGCUAUCAUCAAUAUGGUAUCCAAAGGAACUUGCAUUGAAGAAAUCUGAUGUUGCGUGCACCCUCUCGAUUGCAAAUUGCAGCGACAUCAUUGAAACCAAACCAUUUUGCUUUAUUAACGUGCAAUUUGUGCUUGUUGAACUCAGUGGCACAAUUCCCUGAAUUAUGUAAUCCCCGCGUUUUAUUAAAACAUUUCGAAACGUUUUUCCGUGUACUUUUGCUUGGUAAUGAAAGUUCUCACAUUGUGACAGGUUUCCUGAUAUCAAGCCUGCAGUUGCUUUUGAUAUAAAAAAGAAGAUUAAAGCUGCAUGUGAUGUGAACUUCAUUUUGCUGCCCAGUCGAGGCGCUUCUGCACCGAUUUCACUUCAUGCUGGAAGCCUGUUUCAUCUGAUACAGAUUCCUGCGUUGAUACUUCGCGGGGCACAACUCCUCAUUGUAUCGUCUUCAAUGCAAUACUCCCUAAAACACCGGUUUUUAUCUCAUUAAAUUUUAACUAGAACUGAAGAUGGAUUCUAGUUGAAACAGCUUUACCACUUGUUUGCUAUCGGGUUUUCAUGAAAUAUAGACUUUUUUAAUUCAUUGCUACGGUAGAGUCGCUAAGCAAAUAAUUCGAGGACAAUGAAGAGAGGGCAGGUGUCAAGUUCACAUUAUGCAAACGGCCUUGGAAGGAUUUGCUGGUGCUUUCGUCUGCAAUGCCUAGAUUACCAAAACAGCACAGUGAUAAAAACCACUGCUAAAAGCCCAUUCACAAAACGCAUUUGAAUGCUAAGCCAAAAGCAAUGAUAGUGAUAAAUGAAUUUCAUAUAGAUUUAUUAACAGUGUAAUCUGGUGAAUUGAAAACAGAUUCUCUGAGAUUUUAUAUUGUUAUCAUGCAAAAGCACCAACUGCUAUUUAGUGGCCAUAGCAAAUGAUAAUGAACAAAUUUACAAAAACAAUGUUGAAAUAUGAACAGCAUCAAGACGGCCUUUCUUUAGAUUACUAAUGUGGCGAUUGCUGAAGGAAAUACGGUAAUUUUGUUCCAUGGCGGUUUUUAGCCCAAUUACCAUAAAAUUACCCCAAUAAUUGUUACACUAUAUCAUAUUUCUCUUAGAACUGUUUUAUAAAAAGGUGCGAAUGUAAGCGAUUAUUGAAGAAGAUUACGAACGGUAAUUUUGUCAGUGGCGGUUGUUAGGGGGUUCAAGGGGGCCACGAAUACUGAUAAUGCUAUUUGAUGCUUUGCCUUUUCAUUCCUAUUGAUCUUCAUGUUCUAAGUUUUGUUAUGACCUUCACAUUGCUUUUCCCUUACAUCACACAAAUAUUUUCCUCCCAGAUCAUGUUGUUUAACAUCAUGUGACUGCAGCUAGCGAUUUCAUUAACGAACCAUUAACACAGCAAACAGCCUUAGCUGGUACCCGUGUAUAAUUGUGAAGCUUUUUACGUGAGAUGGAGCUCUGAUGAAUCCAGAUUAAACUAGUGAAUGGAAAAAGUCAAUAUCAACUUCAAGAGCUUUACUUUAUUUCCUUAUCAUUAAAGCAAAUCUGCCAAUCAUAAAGAACUUGGAAACGUUUUGCUAAUGGGCUUUGCUACCAAACGCAAUCUGGACCCAGGUCUUCAGUAGGGCUAUAAAAGAAAUCAGUUAAAUUUUCCUUAAUAAUUUUUUGGGCAUACCAUUACAUAUAUUUUAGUACUGGGGUAGGCAACCUACGGCUCGCGGGGCAGAAUCUGGCCUGGGAAGAUUGUUGCCCGCGAGAUGAUAAACUUGUGUUAUAAUUUCUUUUGGUUGAUAAAAAUGAUGGAAAAAAUUAAAUGGAGCAUACUGAUUAAAACGAGAUUAUCUUCGUCAAACCUGGGAAGGAAAGAAUUUUGCUUGGCGCACUAAAAGCAGCUUAGCACCUAUUGUUAGAAAACAACAGGCUGCACAGGCUACAGGGAUCACGUUUGUUCCAAUUUGUCAUGUCACAGUUGCUAGUGUGCCGGGGCCCAUAUUGGAUAAAUUGUUGUUUACUUAUAUUUGUAUUAAGUUAAUCACUUGAGCUUAAAGGCCAGUGUUAACAUUGAUAGGUGGAUAUUCCUGUAUUUCUUUCCUAGAAUGAACUCUCCAAACCAUGGAUUACAUCCUUUUUAAUUUUGGUUGAUUUUUCAGUUUCUCCUUUUGCAAUUACGAUUGCAAUUGUCUUAUCUUGUAAACCCAGGCUAGCCAGUUGCAAACUACUUAUGUAAUAGGGAGGUUCAUAUUUGUAGUCUAAUUUAAUGGAUAAGAAAUGUUUUCAUUGUUUUUAUCAUCAUUAUUAUACAAGAAUAUCGUAUUCAUCUUUCUUAUUACCUUUGGCCUGCUUAAAGAAAAUAUAUCUGACCAACUCUUCAAAAAAGUUGCCCACCCCUGUUUUAGUAAAUCUUCCGCGCUACUCUGGGAGACGUUGGACCAGGAGGCAAAAAGACACCUUGCUUGCGCCCUAAGAUUUUGCAAGAGCCCUUGUAGGGGAGUAAGUGCCCAUUUUAGUCUGUUUUUUAUUGUCACCGCUUUCCUUUGCCUAACCCAUUUUUGACAAAUGUCCCUAAUAAAACCCCUCUCAAGAAUCGUGCCCCCUAAACGAUUCUUCCUGCGCCCCUGGGUACCAUUAUGGUAUUCACUGGGCACCCCCCUCUCUUGUUAUUGGUGUCAAAAAGCGCUUUUCGGGUGAACAAGCGAAAUGUAGAUUUUGCUUAAUUGUCAUAAACGCCUCUAAGAUUCUAUUGAUAGCCUUUAUAGCAGUUUAUUAAUGUUUCGUAUUAUCACCAAAAGGAAGCAUAGCCACACCUAAAUUAUUCGCAUUUAUUAGGGUUAUUAUAAUUACAGUGUAUAUAUUAUAUUUAUAUAUACAGUGUUUCACUGAACGCUGUUCAGUCGUUUGGUCCUGGCCCAAAUAUUCAGUUAAAUCGAAGGGCAAAUCACUCCAAGAAAAUCUCGUACACCUUUUGUGAAAAUCCUAUUGUUUUAUCUAAAAAUCCCCAGAAAUCCUUUUGUUUUAGGGAAAAUUUCGUACGCUAUUUGCAAGAGUGAAUUGCCCCUCGAAUCAAAUAAACUUAUAAAUCAAAAUAGAUAAUUUUGAAUCAAAAUCAACAAGCAAAACAGCGUCAGCAAAAAUUCUGCCAAAAUGUGGGCUACGGGAAACA